CUCACGGGGGUCUUUUUUCCCCCCUUUCUUUUUUAGCCGGGUGGGUGGGGGUCGCAGAAAAGCGUUCGCGCUAAUCUGAGGCGUUUGUCGGCGGCAGUGGAGGUCGGAAGCUCGGGAGCGGCGUCUCUGUCUCCCCCUCCUGUCCUCAGCCUGCGUUUCCCUCUUAUUUUCCAGUCAGGCUCUCGCAGUUUAAAAUGGCGGCGUUGAGCAGCGCCGAGUCCCCACCGCCCGUCUUCAACGGAGACACAGCGGAGCGGGAGUCCGGCAGGGAGCGAGGCCUGGACGGACUGGCCGCGGGCUUGGACUCCGCCAGCCCGUCGGGGAUCCCCGGAGGUCCGCAGGAUGAGGAGAUCUGGAACAUCAAGCAGAUGAUCAAGCUGACACAGGAGCACCUGGAGGCUCUUUUGGACAAGUUUGGAGGCGAACACAAUCCUCCAUCCAUCUAUUUGGAGGCCUAUGAAGAGUACACCAGUAAGCUGGAUGCGCUGCAGCAACGGGAGCAGCAGCUGCUGGAGGCCAUGGGGAACGGCGGCGACUUCUGCAGCCCCUCCCCUGUGCCAGCCCUGCUGGAGGUCAAGAUGGGAAGCCUGGGGGUCGGAGGGGGGGUCCAGUCCUUUGCCUCGGCGCCCAACAGUUUAGCGGUCCUGCAGACUCCCACAGACGCCGUCCGAGGCAACCCUCGGUCCCCACAGAAGCCCAUCGUCAGGGUCUUCCUGCCCAACAAGCAGAGAACAGUGGUUCCAGCCCGCUGCGGGAUGACGGUGAGAGACUCCUUGAAGAAGGCUCUGAUGAUGAGGGGACUCAUACCCGAGUGCUGCGCCGUCUACAGGAUACAGGACGGAGAGAAGAAGCCCAUAGGCUGGGACACCGACAUCUCCUGGCUGACGGGGGAGGAGCUGCAUGUGGAGGUGCUGGAGAACGUGCCGCUCACCACUCACAACUUUGUGAGGAAGACCUUCUUCACUCUGGCCUUCUGUGAUUUCUGCAGAAAGCUGCUCUUCCAGGGUUUCCGCUGUCAGACCUGUGGCUACAAGUUCCACCAGCGCUGCAGCACCGAGGUCCCCCUCAUGUGUGUCAACUACGACCAGCUGGAUUUGUUGCUCGUGUCAAAGUUCUUUGAGCACCACCCGUUCAGCCAUGAGGAGGUCUCCUCAGAGGGAACCACCCCCGUGUCUGAAGUCUGUCCACACCUCCCCCUCACCGACUCCACAGGGUCUAUAUGUCACCCCACUCUGUCCCCCUCCAAGUCCAUCCCCAUCCCGCCUAGUUACCGACCCAACGAGGAAGACCACCGCAACCAGUUUGGCCAGCGGGACCGCUCGUCCUCGGCCCCCAACGUCCAUAUCAACACCAUUGAGCCUGUCAACAUCGAUGACCUUAUUCGGGAUCAGGGCCUGCAGAGGUCUGACGGAGGCUCCACUACCGGUCUAUCGGCCACGCCUCCAGCCUCGCUACCUGGCUCUCUGACCAACGUCAAAGUCCCACAGAAGUCGCCGUGUCAACAGAGGGAGCGCAAGUCGUCUUCAUCCUCUGAGGAUCGCAAUAAGAUGAAACCGCUGGGCAGGAGAGACUCCAGCGACGACUGGGAGAUCCCGGAAGGCCAGAUCACUUUGGGUCAGAGGAUAGGCUCCGGAUCCUUCGGAACCGUCUUUAAGGGAAAAUGGCACGGUGACGUGGCAGUGAAGAUGCUGAACGUCACCGAUCCCACGCCUCAGCAGCUUCAGGCCUUCAAGAAUGAAGUAGGCGUCCUCAGGAAAACGCGCCAUGUCAACAUCCUACUGUUCAUGGGCUACACUACCAAGCCUCAGCUGGCCAUCGUGACCCAGUGGUGUGAGGGUUCUAGUCUGUACCACCACCUGCACAUCAUCGAGACCAAGUUUGAGAUGAUCAAGUUGAUCGACAUCGCCCGACAGACCGCCCAGGGCAUGGACUACCUGCACGCCAAGUCCAUCAUCCACAGAGAUCUAAAGAGCAACAAUAUUUUCCUACAUGAAGACCUGACGGUGAAAAUUGGAGACUUUGGCCUGGCAACAGUCAAAUCUCGCUGGAGUGGCUCCCACCAGUUUGAACAGCUGUCUGGCUCCAUCCUUUGGAUGGCACCAGAGGUCAUCCGGUUACAAGACAAAAAUCCCUACAGCUUCCAGUCCGAUGUGUACGCCUUCGGCAUCGUGCUGUACGAGCUGAUGUCAGGAUCUCUGCCCUACUCCAACAUCAACAACAGAGACCAGAUCAUUUUCAUGGUGGGUCGGGGUUACCUGUCGCCUGACCUCAGCAAGGUGCGCAGCAACUGUCCGAAGGCCAUGAAGAGGCUGAUGGCUGACUGUCUGAAGAAGAAGAGGGAAGAGCGCCCCCUUUUCCCACAGAUCCUGGCGUCCAUUGAGCUGCUGGCUCGCUCUUUACCCAAAAUCCACCGAAGCGCGUCUGAGCCGUCCCUGAACCGAGCCGGCUUCCAGACGGAGGAUUUCAGCCUGUACGCCUGCGCCUCUCCCAAGACUCCCAUCCAAGCCGGUGGCUACGGGGAGUUUUCUGCAUUUAAGUAAAGUCAGCGGAUCCCAGAAGCCCCACCCUCGUCACUUCAGCUGUCACGCCCCCGCGCUGGAUUCAUUAAUCACAGAUUUAGAGGAGGAGGAGAAGAUACGAUGUUCUAAUGUGUCGCCCUGGAGAGAGUGCCCCCCCUCUCCGGGUCACCUCAGUCCCGCAUCCUCCACCGGACAGAUGGUGGUGGUGGGGGGAUCCCAAAGCAAGGAAAGACUUUGUGGAUGAAGGAAGAAGAAAAAGAGGCGGGGUCCUCAGCCCAGCCAGCUGCUUUUAAAGCGACCAACAGGGAGAAGCUCUUUGGAGGCGGAGCUUUCAGAGGCUAGUCUUUGGAGGCGGGGCUUUCGGAGGCUGGGCUUUGGAGGCGGGGCUUUUGGAGGCUGGUCUUUUGAGGCAGAGCUUUCAGAGGCUGGUCUUUGGAGGCGGGGCUUUCAGAG